UUCUGCUUUUGCGUUUUCGUGGCGUACCGCGUUAGAGUAAAAACUACAAAAUUAAAUAAUCUAUAUUUAUUCAAGUUAGAUAUUGUGAGAAUUAUCUUCUAAUCUAGAAGUAUGUCAUCUCGCGGUCGGGGUUAUGGAGGAAGAGGAAGUUAUGGAGGUCGCGGUGGAGGUUACAGAGGCCCUUACCGUGGAAGCAAUCACCGUGGUGGCUAUGAGAGCCGUGGCGGACGUGGUGGUGGAGGAUAUUCAUCCUAUAAUAAUGAAUCCCGCUACAAUUCAAAUAACAGUAAUCGGUAUUCAUCAGGUCGCGAUAGAAUAGAUGACUCUUAUAAGAAGCCUUACAGAUCGGAUUCAACAAGUUAUUCUAAUCGUGACUAUGUGAGUCGCUCAGGAUCUCCAGAACGAAAGAGAAUGAGAGUUGAGAAUUAUGUACAGGGCUCUUCGAGCGAUAGACGUAGCCAUGACGGCGGACACUUUGGCGGAUCGUACAGCGGUAGACAAGAAAGUUACGGUGGUGAAAGGAGGUCGUUCGGCGGGGAGGAUAGAAGACGAUCACCGGCUCGCGAGAGCUUUCGCAAGUCGAGCGGUAUGGGCCCGCCACGCGAGCCGGUGCGCCCCGCCGGCCGCCCACGUGCUCCUCGCCGCUCUUUCCGUGGCCGUACUCUUCGAUCGCGAGCAUCUUAUCGCGGAGCACCAAGAUCGCGUGCCUCUUUUUCCACUAGACGCUACACUGAAAGACCGGUUACGUACUCGCGUACUUUCAGAACUACCAAAGAUAGAAGCCCUGCAAAAUCUAAAGAAGAGGCCUCUUCAACUGAAGAAGAUUGGGAUGCUGAUGAAAAAGAAGUUAUGGAAGAAGUAAAAGAGUCGAAAAGCAAAUCACCCAAGCAUGAGGAAGAGCAGUCUGGGGGCGAAGGAGAAGAAGGAGGAGAGGACACGGAAAAGGAAGAAGACGCAGGUUCAGACGCACCAGCUGCCACAACUACUGCCGCCGCUGGUUACGUCAACUUUACAUGUGUACACUGCAAGGAGAAGUGCACCAACUUCAGUGUGUACUCGAAACAUCUGUUCUCUCUGAAACAUCGCACCGCCUUGAGUGGCGUGGCUCGGCGCCAUAAAGUGCAGUUACUGCGGAUGAGAGUGGCUCAAAGGCGGGCCCAGCGCGAGCUGGAAGCAACUGCUGGAGCCGACCUGGCCACAAGGACUAACUUCUGUAUGAUCUGUCGCCUUAAUCACCGUACCACAAGGCACGCCCACAACCUCACUGACACCCACCGGGCUAUGAAACGAUUCCUGACGCCAUUCUGCCGCAUCUGUCGAGUAACCUUCCGUUCGCCAAUGAUUUAUGAGCACCAUAUUUGCUCAAUUGAACAUCUUAAGAAAAAGGCUAAUCAGAGUGCUCGUUGUGCAAGUCCGAAAGCAGAAGCAAGUGGUGAUGAAGGAAUGGAUGUGGACUUGGACAACUUCAUGACCCUCGAUUCUGUUGGUGAUGUUGAUGAAGUUGAAGAUGAAGAUUCGGGUACUGAAAAGAAGGAUGAAGAAAAGACCACAAAACCCAAAGUUGAAAUGAACAUUGGCAGUGAACACAUUAAAAAGAUAGAGGUUUGGUGGUGUUCUCUUUGUCGCACGUACUUGCCGCGAGCUGAGACUGGUAGCAGUGAGGAAGCGGAGGCCCUACGGCGUCACUGCCGCCUGCGCAUCCACCUGCGUCACUAUGUGCAACACCGAGACACGCGCACGCUGCGUAAGCAAGCCGAACGCAUACAUCGUCAGCUACAUCGCCAUGCUGAGGUAAAGAAGGAAAUUGCAACCGAAGAAACUUCUGAAACAAGUAAACAAGAGAAGGCUGAAUCUCUUGGAGAAAAAGAGGUUGUAGAGAAUGGAAAUGACUCUGUCAAUGCUUCUGGAAAUGAGGAUAAACUAUGGGCUGAUGUUGAUAAAGACAUAGGUGAGUUGUUGCGAGAAGUAGACCCAGAAGGCAAUGAGGCUAGCGACGAUGAGGAGGACCUUGGAAGAUAUGACAAAUUCCGUAAAAGCGACAAAGCUAAACCCGUUGCAGAAGAGGAAAACAAAUCCAAAGAGGAUGUUGUUGCCGACGAAAAAGUUCCGGUUGAUGCUAGUGCUUCUGCUUAGAAGUGUUGUACUUUAAGAAUUUUUGUAACACAAUAAUAUAUUUUAGGAACCCUAUUGUAGCUCGUCGCUUAAGGAUAAAUAAUGAUAUUGUUUGGCAAUAUAUUUGUUAGGUAGUGUGUAAUAUCUGCUACAAUUAUUCUAGAUAACAAUAAUAAUAAACAUUGCCUUU